GCUGUUUCCUGUGUUGAAACGACAACCUGUCACUUCACAACAAGUAUUGAACGAUAUCAAAAUUGUCAUAAUUUCAAAUGGCUGACAUUGGAUGGGGACAGUUGCAAGCCUACGAGGCAUAUGGACGAGCUGGGGACAAAAAGGAGGAUUUCAAUAUUAUAUCAUAUGAAGAAGCUUUAUCAGACAAGUAUUCUUCAUCCAAACAUGCUUCACAUUCCAUGUUGUUUGCCAGAAAUGAUGCUAUUCUAUGGGAUUUGUACAACACACGGGGGACAGUGUUGAUGCAGAUGCGGUUUGAUGGUUUGCUGGGAUUCCCAGGAGGAUUGGUCGAUCCAGGUGAACACCCUCUAGAAUCUGCCAAUAGGGAAAUGGUGGAAGAAAUUGGUCUGGAUUUAAACAUAUUGAAAUUGUCAGACAGUGACCAUGUGGUUUCAUUUGUGAACAAAGACAAAAAUCUUGUUUUACAUUUUUAUGGGAAAGAAAUCACUUUGAGUCAGUUUCAAGAAAUCGAACUAGGAAAUCUGAAGGCUCCAGAUUAUGGAUCAGAGACACUAGGGGUGAUACGCCCUCCACUGUUUACAAUGGGUGAUGGGUACAGAGGACUCCCAGCAUUCCUUUCUAACGGCUUUGCAGGAAAUGCAAGACAAGAGCUGCUCAUUGGUUUACAACACUUCAAUCUUCUAUCUGAGGAUGAAAUCCAGGAGGCUGUGAAAUCAUGGCUAACAUUUCAAAUUAAAAAUACUCAGUAGACCAAAUUUUAGAAUAUUACUGUAAAUCCAUGUCCUUUCAUAAUAUGCAUUUCUAUGCAUGUUGUAAUAACUUGUUGUACGAACUCUACAAUUUAGACCAAAAUAAAUAUUUUUUAAGUA